UUAGUUGCGUAUUUAUUCCAAUCAUGUGAAGUCACUGCGUUAGCGCGACACCGUCGUGUAAAGUUGAAGUGGUCCCAAAUCUAGGCAACUAUAAAAACGGUUGCAGAGCGUGAAGCAAGUGAAGUCGUAAUCGUGGUUACAACAUCCAAUCAUCCAUGGGUCCGAUCCGGAUGAUAAUAACAACUGAACGUGCAUUUGUGUUUCAAAUCUGAGAUGAGAUAUUCGGUGGUGUUAAAAAGCCAAGUCGUCCAGGAAGUGUCCAUAGUUCGUUCCAAGAAUUACUCGCAGCUCCAUAUAACUUGUUUGUUACCUGACAACUGAAAGUGGAAUUUCAGGUGACAUUGACCGGGAAUCAUAUAUAGUUUACAUGCAAGAGCGCGAUUCGGCCGUUAUUCAUUGAAAGGUUUACCAGCCAACGUGCAAUUCACCACUUUCUCCCGACGCGCUUGUGACUAAGUCAGCUGUGCCCUCUUGCCACACUCUGAAAUAUCGGUUCCAUACAGUGCCCGUAGCUUCGAGUGUGGGAUGCCGCAGGGGUCUGUGAUAUAUACGCUAGUGUUUCGUUCCGUGCGUUAUCUGCUGUGAUUGAAAAUUUAUUCAUUAUUCAAAUUUGUCGCUUUGUUAUUAGGCAAUUGUGCAUAAAUUGAAAGAUAAUUGCACGUCCGCAGGUAUUAGCAGUGGCACACCAUCCUAUGUGGAAUCAACUAUCGGAAAAACUUUAGCAUUCGAAUAGGGUUGCAUAAUGACCUUGAAAUCAGAUCUCGGCCACAACAUCCACUUAGUUUGCCAUUGAGGCUUAGUGACGGUAGGACUGCUGCAUCGAACUCUCCGGACUACUCGAAUUAAAAUUCCGAACGCAAUCGAGAUGGACAGCGAAAUGUAUCUUAAGAAGAUUAUUCCAACUUUACUAAUCAUCUGGAAUCUUGCCGUGACCAUGACAGAAGGAUAUCAGAUUGGUGUGGGAAGAGCGGAUUGUACAGGACCCGCCGUGGAAAUCGGUUUUAUGGGAUAUGCUAAGCUGGGUCAAAAGGGCAGUGGCAUCCAUUUGCGGCAAUUCUCCCGAGCAUUCGUUGUCAGUGACAAUGAAAAGCGAUUAGCGUUCGUUAGUGUCGAUGCAGGCAUGAUGGGCCAUCCGGUGAAGCGUGAGGUUAUCCGCCGAUUACACAAGACCUACGGUAAUCUGUACAAUUUCGAUAAUGUGGUGCUAAGUGGAACGCACACGCACGGAGGACCGGGCGGAUUUUUGAUGGAUGUUUUGUAUGAUAUCUCGAUUUUGGGAUUCGUACCACAAACAUUCGCUGCUCUAGUGGAUGGGAUUUACUUAAGUAUUGUCCGAGCACAUGAAACAAUGGGUUCAGGUGAAAUUUACAUAGGUACAACCACCGUCCUAGAUGCGAGCAUCAACCGGUCACCGACUUCUUAUUUGGAAAACCCUGCUGAAGAGCGAAAACAAUACCAAUAUAAUGUUGACAAGGAAUUAACCCUGAUAAAGUUCGUUUCAGACAAAGAAGGGCUAAUCGGGGCCGUAAGCUGGUUCGCUGUACACCCCACCUCUAUGAACAAUUCAAACCAAUUAGUGACAUCCGAUAACGUCGGAUAUGCUUCCAUUCUCCUAGAGACGGAGAUGAAUCCAGGCGCUAUGCCCGGGAAGGGACGUUUCGUCGGCGCAUUUGCGUCCUCUAACUUAGGAGAUGUAUCGCCCAACAUAAUGGGCCCUAAAUGCCAAAUAACUGGAAAUUCCUGUGAUAUACAAACAUCAGCGUGCCCCCAAGGUGAGGGUGAAUGUGUGGCCAGCGGUCCUGGCCGUGACAUGUUUGAAAGUACAAAGAAAAUUGCAACACGUAUCUAUAAUGCAGCCUCGAAAUUAGUGAAAAAUUCAGAAUUGCGCAAAAUCACUGGUAGUGUAGACUACAUACAUCAAUUCGUUGAUAUGCCAAAUUACAGAACGAUUGCAUACAAUCCACUGACUCGAAGGAAUGAAGCUAUCAGGGGAUGUAUUCCAGCCAUGGGAUACAGCUUUGCCGCAGGGACAACAGACGGCCCGGGAGCAUUUGAUUUUAAGCAAGGGACAAGAAACGAUAACCCACUAUGGAAUGCAGUUCGCGAUUUUAUUGUGCCUCCAACUGAUGAAGACAUUGAUUGCCAAUCACCUAAGCCUAUUCUUGUUGCAACAGGAAGGGCUCGAUUCCCAUCCGAAUGGCAACCAAAAAUAGUCGCAACACAAAUCCUAAAAAUUGGAGACGUCCUAAUCACUGCAGUGCCUGGUGAAUUCACAACUAUGGCAGGACGCCGUUUGCGGAAUCAAGUCAGGAAAGCUGCAGUCGAAGCAUCCAAAGAAGAGUUCCAGGUCAUCUUAGCUGGGCUAUCGAAUAUGUACACAAGUUAUAUCACUACACCAGAAGAAUAUCGAGCUCAACGAUAUGAAGCUGCGUCGACAAUCUAUGGACCUCAAACUCUCACCAUCUACAUUGAUCAGUACCAAAAACUCACCAAAGCACUAAUGAAGCAAAUUCGAAUUAAACCAGGACCUGAUCCUCCGAAGCUGGAUAGUCAAGUCAUUUCCUUCAAUACAGGUGUCCUUUUCGACGCUCAUCGAAUUGGAUACGACUUUGGAGCUUGCUUAAUCGAGCCGCAUUCAAAUUAUUCAAUUGGUGAGACCGUUCGCUCUUCAUUUAUAUCAGGCAAUCCUCGAAACAAUCUUCUCCUGGAAAAAACCUUUUUAACUGUUGAACGACAGACCGGGAAGGACAAUUGGGAAGUUGUAUUAACAGAUGCCAAUUGGGAAACGAGGUUCGAAUGGGAACGGGUAAACGUUUUAUUAGGAUUUAGCGAAGUCCACAUAAGCUGGGAAAUAGGCGAAGAUACAGAGCCUGGAAUUUAUAGGAUAAAGCAUUUCGGGCAUUACAAAUACAUCCUAGGUGGAGUGUUCCCGUAUGAAGGGACAACUCGUCAUUUUACAGUUAGCGACUAAACUAGUCAAAAGACUUAUCUAUCUAGAUAUUAAGUUUCGGUUAAGAAUAAAGCUUUAAUAUUUUUUACUGUU